GUUAGGGAUUUUCGUUUUGUCGUUUAGUGACAAGUAAGCACCCCGUUUAAAUUUCAAAUGUCAAAAAAAGAUUUCAAAAAAUUUGUGCCAAAAAUGGAUUUGGACGACACACCUCGUAGCGUUGUUGUUACAACAUCACGGGUAUACUCGGACGUGUUCUCAAACAAGCCCUCUUCCUACUUUGAGUACGACAACUACAACCCCCCGACUGACGAUAUCAACAAUUACAGUUUGAUUCGGAAAAUCGGUCAAGGGAAGUACAGUCUAGUGUUCGAGGGGGUGCACGAUGGUACUAACGAUUCGGUCGUGGUCAAGUUGCUAAAACCGAUCAAAAAACCGAAAAUCAAACGUGAAAUUAAAAUUUUGGAGCACUUGAGGAACGGCCCCAACAUUGUGAGUUUAUAUGCCGUGGUGUCGGUGCCUUCCACAGCUUUGCACGCCCUGAUUUUCGAAUCCCCGUCAAAUAAUGAGGACUUUAAGGAGGUUUAUUUGAAAUUGAGUGAUUCCGAUAUCCGGUUUUACAUUUACGAAAUUUUGAAAGCCCUUGAUUUCUGUCACAGCAAGGGCAUAAUGCAUCGUGACGUCAAGCCGCACAAUAUCAUAAUUGACCGGAAAAAUCGCAAAAUCCGGUUGAUUGAUUUCGGUUUGGCUGAGUUUUACCGUCCCGGAGAACGUUACAACGUCCGGGUGGCGUCUCGGCAUUACAAAGGCCCGGAAUUGUUGGUAGAGUACGGUUAUUACGACUAUUCCCUCGACUUGUGGUCGCUUGGGUGCGUUUUUGCCGCAAUGAUCUUCCGUAAAGAACCUUUCUUCCAAGGAUUUGAUAACCGCAACCAACUGUAUUGCAUUGUUAAAGUGUUGGGCACGAGCAAGUUUUACUCUUAUUUGAAUAAAUACAACAUUGUGCUGGAAGGUAGCAUGCAGGAGAUGUUGGGGAUUCACUCGAAAAAACCCUGGCAGAGAUUUGUCAAUACGGAGAAUGAGCAUUUAGUGAAUCAGAAUGCCUUUGAUUUUUUGGAAUCGUUGCUUUGUUAUGAUCACAUGGAAAGAUGUACGGCUCAGGAGGCCUUGGGGCAUAAGUAUUUCGGGCCGGUGAGAAGCUCGGGGGCUUUGCCAGGGUUGGAUAAGCUCAAGGUUUCAGGGUCGGGGCAAGCGGUUCAUUGAUUGUAAAUGUAUAGAAUAAAAUAUUUUUGUGUU